AAUCGGUGGUGGUUAGUUCCAAAUUAUCUGCUGGAAAUUGGAAGAUCAGACGCACACACCUUUUUUACUUGGACCCUGCAAUCGAAUUGACCUGGCGAGUUUUUUUUUACAGUGCAGGCGCCGCAACAGCACCACCGUAGAUCGGUCAUCAGUCAGUACCACGCUCGCCGCCGGCGACGGCCGACUUCUCCGGGGGAUGGCGGCUCCGGCGGGGCCCACGAGGCUGGCCUACUUCGAUGACAUGUGGGCCCUCCGCGCCCCCGCCACCGUCCUCUCCCUCCACCAGGAGGAGGGCGGCCGGCGAGCGGUGGUGCUGGACGCCACCGUCUUCCACCCGCAGGGCGGCGGCCAGCCGGCCGACACCGGGGCAAUCGUCUCCGCCGCCGGCACCGGCGCCAGGUUCCUCGUCGAGGACGUGCGCGUCAAGGAUGGGGUGGUCUUCCACUAUGGCAGAUUCGAGGAUGCUGCUGCUGGAGAGGAGCUGAGCCAAGGGCAGAGUGUCAGCUUGGAAAUCGACGCGGAACGGCGCAAGCUCAACUCCAGGCUUCACUCUGCAGGUCAUUUGCUGGACAGUUGUAUGACCAACCUUGGCCUUCAUCUGGAACCUGGGAAAGGCUAUCAUUUUCCUGAUGGGCCUUCCGUUGAGUAUAAGGGAGUUGUUCCAGCAGAUCAGUUACAGGAUAAGAAAAUCCAGCUGGAAAAGGAGGCGAACGAACUGAUUUCGAAAGGAAGCAAGGUUUUGGUCUCUGUUUUUCCCUAUGAGGAGGCGGCUAAGUUGUGUGGAGGUGCUCUGCCUAGUUACAUUCCACAAGAUAGCACUCCCCGCAUUGUGAAAUUUGGUAACUAUCCUGGUUGUCCUUGUGGAGGCACUCAUGUAGCCGAUAUUGCAGACAUCGGCAACCUAAAGGUCACAAAUAUACGGGUCAAGAAAGGCGUGACUAAGGUCUCCUACAGCAUCAGCCCAUAAUUUUCUUCUGUGCAACUCUCAAAACUAGUAGAAUUUGUCAGAGAAGUGGGAGGAUAAUUACCUAGAGAAUCAGAAGGCUGAUGUCCGCUGUCUCCUCUUGUGCUAGUAGAUCUAUAAAUAUUUACAUAUACUAUUUGAAAAGGUACUAGUAGAUCUAUAAAUAUAUGGUGAUGUAUUCUGUCUCCUCUUGUGCCGUGGUAGAUCGUCGGAAAGGCUGAUUUGCAGAUCAGAUGUUCCACCUCAGGCUAUCCUGCCCUCUCCUUAUCCGUUGAGAUAUACUAUAGAUAUCUUUUAUAUGUAUGAAAUAGUGCAUACCAUUAGGUAUUUGCUUUAGUGGACUGUUAAGAAUUGAUCCUACAGUUUGUCACAGCUCCUGAGUCUUGAAUGUCAAUCCAUCCAGGUUGUGGGAAUAGUUUUUGGUU